AUGGCAAGUCGGGCUGCAGAGCUUAUUCUCCAAGAGCGGGAAAUUUUCCCACGUAAUCUUUCCAUGGUGAAUGGAACAACCAUCCAAUUGCUAGACAGCUCAUUCGUCUUGGACAUGCUCUUUAGCAUCACCCAGCUAUAUCACUUCAAGAACUUUAUUUUCUACAUUUCGGAGCGGCUGGAUCUAAAGAAUAAGGAUUCCCAGGUGUUCUUUCACGACUUUUGGACAUACUUUCCGCUGGCUCCGAAUUUGAUUAUAACCCGCCAGCACUAUGCACCGGUUCCUAUGAUGCAGUUCAUCAGCACUCCCUCGCUGGUGAUGGUUUACACCACGAAUCGCGAUGAUCCCAUCAUGGAGCUGGCUGCCCAGAGUUUGCGGGGCAUUCGUUGGCUCAAGACGAUCUUCAUUCUGUAUCCCAGCCUCAAGAGCCGUGACUUUGAAUCGAGCUUGGAGUCCUUUACGGAAUUUACGACCGAGAUAAAAGAUGUCUACGAGUGGGCCUGGAAGAAGCAGUUCAUCAACACCGUCCUGGUCACCAUCAAGAACAAUGUGUUCCUGCUGGAGCCCUAUCCCACGCCCUCGGUUAUCAACAGGACGGGCACAUGGAGGCCUGAGGAGUUCUUCCAGAAGUAUGCCAAGGACAUGAAGGGCUACGAGGUGAGAACGCCCAUCCUGUACGAUCUGCCGCGGGUCUUCAAAUCGGAUCGGCCGACGAAUGCCUACGAGAAGAACUUUGUCCAUGGGACCAGCGGCAACUUGUUUCUGGGUUUCCUGGAAUUCGUGAAUGCCUCAUUGGUGGACACCACCUCAAAUAUGACGGUCGACUACCUGAAUAUGACGAAUAUGCUGGACCUGGUGGCCCAGGGAGUGUACGAGACGCUGAUACACUCCUUCACGGAGAUCACGACCAAGUAUGUGGUCAGCUAUAGCUAUCCCAUCGGCAUCAACGACGUCUGCAUUAUGGUUCCCUUUCGCAACCAGUCACCGGAGGACCAGUACAUGCGGGAGGCUCUCCAGGGCAAUGUAUGGAUACUAAUCAUCCUAUUUACGCUGUACAUAGCCCUGGCACUUUGGCUGUGCUCGCCCCUAAAACCCCGGGAUUUUAGCGCCGCCUUCCUGCAAGCCAUCUGCACGCUGACCUACAUGCCGCCCACAUUCAUCAUCCGCACGCCCACGCUGCGUAUGCGCUAUCUGUACAUUCUGCUGGCCAUCAUGGGCAUCGUGACAUCGAACAUGUACACCUCCCGGAUGACCAGCUACUUCACCGCGGCCCCGCCAUCACGACAGGUGAACACGGUGCAGGAUGUGGUGGAGGCCAAUCUGCGGAUCCUGGUGGUGGCCGACGAGCACGAAAGGAUGGUCAAGUCGCCGCGGCAAUACCCACCCAGCUACAUGCGCCAAGUGGAUAUUGUGGAUAAGCAUAUGAUGGACCUCCAUCGGGAGCCAUUCAACACCACUUUUGGCUAUACCGUCAGCAGCGAUCGCUGGCGAUUUCUGGACAUGCAGCAGCAUCACCUGCGAAAGCCUAUCUUCCGGCUGACAGACAUCUGCGAGGGCCCCUUCUAUCACGUCUAUCCCAUGCACGCGGACUCCCAUUUGCGCUCAUCCAUGACGGAGUACAUCAUGAUAGCCCAGCAGGCGGGCCUCAUGAACCACUGGAAGCGAGAGGCCUUCUGGGAGGCCGUGCACCUAAAACGCAUCCAGGUGCAUCUUAUCGUUGAGGAGCCGAUGGCCCUCAGCCUGAGCUUCUUCUCCAGCAUGCUGCGCACUUGGACCUUCGGCCUGGUGGUGUCUGGAAUGGCCUUUGCUGCGGAGAUGAAGUGGUACGAGCAUGUGACCCUUAGACGCCGCCCUAUUGUUAAAAUAACCCGUAAGCCAAGGUCCUUUCUUAGGCGGUUUAUGAGGGUGUAA